AGUACUUACUCACUCUCUCCCACCCUCUUUCCCCUGAGUCUUUGCUUUCUUGCCUGCUUUCUUUUUCUUUUCUGGCUCAGCCUGGGACACACGAUCAUAUCAGAGGAGGUUCAGGUCUUGCAUUUUAAUGUCAGUGAUGGAAAAACACAAGAAUGAUUCCUGGAUCCACCAGCAGGAACUGGAAGAUCCAUCUGAGAAAUACAUGAACAGCACCGAGGACUACCUGGCCUUCCUCUAUGGGCCUCCCCGCAGCCAAUUCUUCUUCCCAGUGACUGCAGUGUAUGCACUCAUUUUUGUGGUGGGGGUUAUUGGCAAUUUCCUGGUGUGCCUGGUGAUUCUUUGGCACCAAACUAUGAAGACACCCACCAACUACUACCUCUUCAGCUUGGCUGUCUCUGACCUCUUGGUCCUGCUCCUUGGGAUGCCCCUGGAAGUCUAUGAGAUGUGGCGCAACUACCCCUUCCUAUUUGGGCUCGUGGGCUGCUACUUCAAGACGGCCCUCUUCGAGACAGUGUGCUUUGCCUCCAUCCUCAGUGUCACCACGGUCAGCGUGGAGCGCUACGUGGCUAUCCUCCACCCAUUCCGCGCCAAGCUGAAGAGCACCCGGAGGCGGGCUCUCAGGAUCCUUGGCGUCGUCUGGGGCUUCUCUGUUCUCUUCUCUCUGCCCAACACCAGCAUUCACGGCAUCAAGGUCCACUACUUCCCCAAUGGGUCCUUGGUCCCAGGCUCUGCCACCUGUGCGGUCAUCAAACCCAUAUGGAUCUACAAUUUCAUCAUUCAGGUCACUUCUUUCCUCUUCUACAUCCUCCCCAUGACUGUCAUCAGUGUCCUCUACUACCUCAUGGGCCUCAAACUGAAGAAAGAUCAGCUCCUUGGGGCAGAUGAAGUGACUGCAAAUAUUCAAAGACCUGCCAGAAAGUCAAUCACCAAAAUGCUGUUUGUCUUGGUCUUAGUGUUUGCUCUCUGUUGGGCCCCAUUCCACAUUGAUCGGCUCUUCUUUAGCUUUGUGGAGGAGUGGACUGAAUCUCUGGCUGCUGCAUUCAAUCUCAUCCAUGUGGUAUCAGGUGUCUUCUUCUACCUGAGCUCAGCCGUCAACCCCAUUAUCUAUAACCUACUCUCUCGCCGCUUCCGGGCAGCAUUCAGGAAUGUGAUCUCUCCUUCUUGCAAACAGGGGCACUCCCAGCACCACCCACAGGGGCCACCUGCCCAGCGGAACAUCUUCCUGACAGAAUGUCACCUUGUGGAGCUGACUGAAGAUGCAGGUCCCCAGUUCCCUUGUCAGUUGUCCAUCAGCAGCUCUCCCCUCCCCACAACACUCUGUAGUGGAGAGGCACCAUAAAAGGAAUGCUCAAAGAGUUAACAUUCCUCUAUGCCACCAUCCCAUAGGGAGGGACACCCUUAAUUUAUGCCUCCUUAUAGGAUAGAAGGGAGGUGAAAUGAGUCUUAGAAUUUAUAUACCCAUUUCUAUUUUGUGUGGGUUUUUUUUAAAACAAAUCGCUACUAAAUCUGGAUCUGAAACCCAGAACUGGGUUAACUGCCUCAUGCCCCUUUACUUGUUCAUGGAAAGAAAAAAUAAUCAUGACCUAUAAAAUAUGACACCUGUACUUUGAGUAAUUUUCACUUUUGGAAAUCAUUUAUCCUGAGUCAUUCACACUCUGAGUUAGGCUGUAACUCUCACAACCAGUGGCCCCUGUGUGACAUAAAAAGAAGCCAUGUAGAUGCUUAUACUACUUUACAUAAUUUGAGGUAUCCAUGUCAAUGUUCUUCCACAGAAAACUAUUUACCCUAUUGCCUCAUAUUUUGUCAUUAUAAUGUGAUUCAUUAAAGUUUUGAAGCCUUACUUGAAGAGUCCUCCUGAUAAUAUGGGGAUGCUUUAUAGAACUAUUAUUCCCACCUUUCUGAUCCCCAAGUCAUUCUCAGUCAUCCCUUACCAAAAAUGGGAUCAGAUACAAGUUCUACUUAGACAAGAAUGGGAAGAGGGAGAAGGUUAUGUGUGGAAGGUCAAUAGAGACAAACUAUUCCAAGCAUGUGAACUUAAUUGCUCUCAUAGUUUGGUCUAGACAUGCAUUCCUAAAGUCUUAAUAAACAGAGGUAUCUGGAGGAAAAAACUAUGUUGGGAAAAAACCUAAGCUAAAUAGCAACUACUGGUCUCAAACCCAUGACUUUCACUUACUUAAUCCUUCAUUAUCUAUAUACCAGUCUUCACACGUAUAAGAAAAAUCAACUUUCCAGACUCAUCUUCUACUACAGCAUCACAUGGAAUAUAUAUUCUAUUCAAAAUGGGUUACUUGCUCUUCUAAUGAAAAUGUGCCCCAGUUAUCUCAGCUGUACAUAUUUGAUUAGAAAAUGCCCUCUUCAUCUCCAGGCCCCAUCUGUUGCUCUCCUACCCAUGCUUCAAUCGAUCUCAGUGUGGUACCUCCAUAAAACCCUGCUUGACUUAUUCAAAUAGAUGUGGUAUCUGACCUGUCAGUCUCUCUCUUAAGCUUUUUCUCACUCCGCUUUGUAUUUCAGAGAUUUAUAUACUUGUUUUGUCAGAAUGUAAAUUUGUCAAAGGCAUGAAGUAUCUUGUAUUCAUUUUUCCUGUUGCUGGAAUCCUGGCAAUAUAUCUGUCACAAUGGUAGAUGUUCAAUAAAUAUGUGGUAAGUGAGUUGACUUCACAUUCCAAUGUGCUGAGCCAAAGAACAGCUCCAAAUGGAACUGCAGUAAAAGCCAAAAGACUAAGGUUGUGUUUCUGAUAGGGAUAUUUGACUUUCAGUUGGCUGUUUAGCCAGUUGUGAUUAUAAUAGCAUGUCUGCAGUGCCUGUGGUACAAGAAGGCUCUUCCCAAUCCCAGAUACUUACUGAUGCUAAAACUACAAGUUCCAGUUUUUAGUCUCUGAAUUUUCCCUAAAUUGAAUGAGCCAUCCUAUUGAUAAAUGGGGAUAUUGGUCCCUGACAUCAUUAUUUCCUAACCGAACAAUCAUAUUCAAGGUGAUUCAAUGUAUGUAUUUUUAAAUCUCUUUGCUAAUUAUAAGCCAACUUGAAUGAA